AUGGAUCCUCUGUUCUUGUUUCUUGCUAAUUCUUUAUAUGGGGUACUUUUUUUUUCAAUAAAUUGGACUGUAACAUACUAUUAUUUUAAUUUUAAGGAUUCGGGCAAGAAAUAACUAAUCAGAGAUUAUCUCUUUUUCUAUUUUUGGAUGCUCUGAUAAAAUAGCUUGAAAAUGAUUAUUUGAAGUUCUAUUUGUUUGGUUUAUGUUAUUAGAAGAAGUGAUCUAUCUCUCAAUCUGUCAGCUACAGCAAUUGGAUCAAAUCUAUUCUUUAAUCCUUAAUUCAAGGGUUUCUGUUUCCUAAAUGUUAGCUCUCCCUAAUCUAUUUAUGCUUUCAAUCCAAUUCAAAUUGGGGGAAUUUGAAUUUCACUGAGGAUUAAUUUUAAGGUUUCUGAAUCAUCAUCAUGGAGGAUCCUUAUGAAACAUCAAGCAAUGGUGAUGAAGCAAGGAAUUCCAAUCUACAGAUCGUUAGAUAUUCUCCAUUCCAACUUUGUACCAAGUUUUCUUCACCAUGGUUUGAUUUGAGAGUGUUUUAUGUUAGAAUUAGUAAUUUCAAGGUUGAUGAUUCGACCCCGGAGUUUCUCACUCUCAAUCAUAUCCCUUUAAGCCCUGAUACCCUUUUAGAAGUUAAUGGUGUUCGAUGUAGCAUGAAUUCCGACGGUGUUUCUUCCUUCCUAAGAAGGGAUCGAGUCGAUAAGAAAUCUGAAGAAGCUACUUUUGUUAGCACGGAUAGUGUUAGAUUCACAGGGAGUGUGAAAUUUGAAGUUUUUGACUCUGAUGAUCUUAUUCUAUCCGGAGUUUUGGAGAUGUGUUCCAGCAAUGGUUUUAUCGCGGAAUCAAACAGCAAUACGAAGAAGUGGAGUAUGAAUUGUGAAUCAGAUGUCACAGCCGUUACUGGCUUUUUGAAAGGGAAACACAUUGCUGGUACUGAAUUACCAACUAUUGAGGUCUAUGUUACGGGCUGUUUUGCCGGUAUGCCCAUCAUAUUAACCAAGACGUUGCAGCUUGGUUAUCGGAAGAAGCAUAUUAGGAAAGGCAUGUUGGAUGCAAUUCCGGAGUAUGAGACCACAGAAUCAGAGAAAAUCGUUUCAUCUGAACAAGAUCUGCAGGUAUCAGAGUAUAGAAGUUACAAGCCAGAAAAUGAAGAAGAUUACGGUGACAUGUACUGGAGGAGAACCGAGUAUUUGGACGGUGAAGACGGUGAACUAUCAUGGUUUAAUGCUGGUGUAAGAGUUGGAGUAGGCAUUGGACUUGGGAUUUGUCUUGGACUUGGUAUAGGAGUAGGUUUACUGGUUCGUACAUACCAAUCAACUUCUCGAAACUUUAAAAGACGGCUUCUAUGAUUCCUAUUCGUGAACCGUUAUACUCGGUUCACUCUAUUCCAGAAGCUGGCUAACUUUCUCAAUGUUUACAUGACUGGUCUGACUGCAAGAUUUUGAUAGAGUUAGUUCUAUGCGUGAAUGUAUGUUUUUUUGGGGGGAAUUUCUGUGUGUUUUGUCUCUCUAUAUGAACUUCUGAUAAAAUGUUGUUGUUUAGAAGGGUACAACGGCUAGUUAGAUUGUACAAAUGGGAAGGAGUCAGAGUCCUUAACAUUGAUCUCAAGUUUAUACAUUUGUAAGUUUGUAUGACUUGUAUUUCCAUGUAAAUAAAAUCUGAUUUUGAACAAA